AUGACACAGCCUCGAGAUAUCAACAUUUGCGUCUUCAAACACUUGAGAUGCGAUUCGCCUUCUCCAGAGGAUCGCUUGUCUUUUCGUGUCAACGUAGAACCUGGGCAUGACCUCCAAAGCCGUUCCUCACACCAUCAGGUCCCAUUCAGCAACCUCCUUCUGGUGGCAUGGGGAUUGCUUCUAAAAUGCUAUUUGGCAACGGACCUUGUCUCGUUCGCAUCAUUUGGUACUGAUGAUGCCUUUUGUGUGGAACAAGAAGAGGCUGAUGAUACUCCCCGCAGCAAUGCUCAUAGACCAGGAUUGUCCUGGGUUCACAGCCUGAAGAUAUCAGAGGACGCCAGCAUCAACCAUAUUAUCAGAGAGUUCCGACAACCGAGCAAUACAAGACUCUUUGAUGCUGAUCUGCUCCCAUAUUUUAACACUGCUCUGUCGUAUCGCAGACGGGAAUCACUGACCGCGAACGGCGAGACGGGUGGCGAGUUUCCCGAUUUUAUGACUGAGGCGGAUAUCUGCGUGAUUGUGACAGACGAUGGAGAUAUCCUGUCCUUGGAAAUUGAGGUCUGCGCCAGCGCCUUCUCUCGGCCAGCGGCACAGCGAAUCCUGCAGACUUUUCACCACAUCUUGACACUGGUCUUGAAUGGAGACGCAGGGCAAACAGUAGCCAGUGUCGACCCAUUAACUCAGCAGGACUUGAGCCAGAUCCGCGAGUGGAACUCCAAAACGCCAAUAUGCCGCCAGACAUGCUUGCAUGCCGUUAUUGAAGAGCAAGCCCGUCGGCGCCCACUGGCACCCGCGGUAUGUUCCUGGGACGGGAAUCUCGCGUACGUGGAGCUUCAGGCCCUGUCCACCAAGCUGGCUCAUAUGCUAUCACGCCUCGGCGUGGGGCCCGAGAUCCUGGUCCCAUGCGCAUUUGAAAAGUCCAAGUACGCCGUGGUAGCAACCCUUGCAGUCCUCAAGGCCGGCGGAGCAUUCGUUCCUCUGGAUGCCUCCCAUCCUCGGGAACGGUUAAAGUCCAUCAUCUGCCGUGUCGACGCGAAAUUGCUGCUUGCCUCAGCCAAGACUGCCCCAGCAUUUGAUAGUCUGGUCCCGACCAUCCUGAUAGUUGACCGGGCCUUGCUGGAUACUCUGCCCGAGGAAGAGGAGAAUCCAGAAAGCACAGUGGACCCCAGCAACAGCGCCUUUGUGCUCUUUACUUCUGGAAGCACGGGCGAGCCAAAGGGGUUGGUCCAGGAACACGCGUCCGUAUGCACCAUAAAUGAAGCAUAUGGAGAAUCCAUCUUCAUCAACCAGGAAUCGCGGGUCCUCAACUUCGCCGCCUUUACCUUUGACGCGAGCACAGUGGAUGUAUUCACCACCUUGCACCACGGCGGUUGUGUCUGCAUACCGUCGGAAGAGCACCGCCUGAACGACAUCGCGGGCGCCAUCAACGCCUUUCAUGCCAACUGGGUCAACCUGACGCCUUCGUUCGCACUGGCGAGUGUGCCUCACCCAAGCGAGAUCCCGACCGUGCAGUUACUGGUUCUGGCCGGAGAAGAAGUCAAGAAAGAGCACGUCCAGCACUUUGUUGGCAGAAUCAAUCGCGUCGUCAAUUGCUACGGUCCGGCAGAAGCGGGAGGGGUUCUUGUAAAUGUGUACCACAGCACAGCAAGCGAGCCGAGCACUGUAGGACGCGCGAUGAGCAGCGCCAACUCCUGGAUUGUCGAUCCAAGCAACCCGCGUCGGCUGGCGCCUAUCGGCGCGAUCGGUGAGCUCGUGGUCGAGGGCCAUACGUUGGCUCGCGGCUAUCUCAAGCAGCCAGACAAGACAAACGCGGCUUUCUUCCGUCAUCCCGGCUGGCAUUCAGAUGAUGGCCAUUCCCCACAGCCACGACGGUUCUACAGGACAGGGGAUCUUGUAAAGUAUAGGCCAGACGGUAUGAUCAAUUAUAUAGGACGCCGGGACACCCAAAUCAAGAUCCGAGGCCAGAGGGUUGAAUUGACGGAAAUCGAGCAGCAUCUUGCCAUUGACAAGAGGCUCAAAAGGGCAAUGGUCGAAUGCCCACGGUCCGGGAUUUACGCAAAGCGGCUGGUCGUGGUCGCUGAGCCGUGUAAUGGGACUCUUCAUCACAGCGAGGAGCCACAGACCACUCCGGGUAUUAAGCUGCUGUCACCAAAGGUUUUGCGAGAAAGCGGAUUCUCAAUUCACGAAUCCGCCAAAAGCCUUGCCGAAAGAACUCCGACUUACAUGAUGCCUGCCGCAUGGCUCAUGGUGGCCAACCUUCCGCUAACGGACUCCCAAAAAAUACAUAGACGGAGAGUUCGUGACUGGCUGGAGGACCUACCGGUCACUCAAAGUCUUCUCCUGCCCGAUGUCUCUAGUGCUCCUCUGCUUCCACUCAACAACCCGCUGGCUCUUGACAUCAGCCACAAAGUAAGCGAGUUGAGUGGCAAUGGGAACGGCCAUGUGUUUCGCGCCUUGAACGGUCGGAACUUGGAUUUGAAAACUGCCGGGAUAGAUUCGAUUCAAGUCAUGACGCUAUCGAGGUGGCUGCGGGAUAAAUACGGGCUAAGAAUCGCCGUGGAUACCCUGUCACGACCGGGCGUGACCGUUGAUGAGCUAUCGCGAAUGAUUAUGACCUGUCAGAGCGGCCAAGAUGCUGGGAAAUUGCAAGCUCCACAGCUAGACAUACGGGAAGAAGCUCGUUUGCUCUUCAAUACGUUGAGGAGAUCAUCGGCGCGCAUCGCCGAGAAUCAUGUUACAGCAGCACAAAGCGCAUCGACUGUUUUUCUUACCGGCGCCACGGGCUUUCUUGGCACGGAAAUCCUACACCAGCUGCUUUGCGAUGAGAAGAUCCGGAAAGUCUUUGUUCAUGUGCGGGCCGCAAAUACUCAAGAGGGCAGAGAGCGCAUAAUAGCCGCAGCAAAGAAGGCGCUCUGGUGGUCAGAGUCCUUUAAUCGGCGCAUCGAGGUCUGGCCAGGCGACCUCGCCAGCGCCAAGCUGGGUUUAAAUCGCAAACAGUGGGAUCGCUUGACUGGAAGUUGCUCGGCGGGUGAAAGCAUUGACGCGGUGAUACACAACGGCGCCAGUGUAAAAUGGAACUUGGCGUACGACUGUCUGAGGGACUCAAACACCAUGUCGACCGUCCAGCUCCUGCAGGCAAUGGCGGAGCGGCAAUUUGGCGGUCGCUUCGUAUAUGUGUCCGGAGGCCAAGGCCUCAGCACAGACUGCGACGAAGAUGAGUGUUGCACGCCGACUGCGCAUGGCACACCACUAACGGGGUACGCUCAAACCAAGAUGGUCUCGGAACUCGUGGUCAAGCAAUUCGCCCAGUGUCCAGAGGGGCAGCCGCAUAGUGCCCGGGUAGUAAAGCCAGGCUACAUCAUCGGCGAUGCGAGAAGAGGCAAGGCAAACCCAAACGACUACCUCUGGGGGAUCACAAAGAGCGCCCUGGAGCUCGGGAGCUACAACCGCGAGGAGCUCAACGGCUGGCUGUUUGUAUCCGACGUUGCCACCGUGGCAAGGGCCGUCUGCGCAGCUUGCCACACCAAGGGUCCCAAGCCGGGCGUCGUCAAAGUCUUGGACGGGUUGUUCAUGAGGGACUUUUGGGACCUCUUGACCGGGCGUUUCGGCUACAAACUAGAAGCCGUAGAUGCGGACGAAUGGUGGCGUUUGCUCAGCUCCCGCGUCGAGCAACAAGGCCACCAGCAUUGCCUUUGGGCGCUGCAAGACGUGCUCGAGGCUGGAAGGGGAGCCAUGUCCUCGACUGCGACGGUGCCUACAACGGCCAUGAUGAAGACCUGUCCAGAUGUCCUUGGAGCGAUCAAAUCUAAUGUGCAGUAUUUGAAGGAUGAGAUUGGGUUCUUUCCAUCAGCGUCUGCUCGGAGUGAAAAGGUGGAGGUGCUUCAAUCAAUCAUCAAGUCAUGCUGGGCGAGAGCGAGGGCCAUGGCUUCCUUUCGGUAA